AUGUUGGCCAAACAAAUAUUCUUAGCAAGGGCAUAAAAUAAACCCCAAUAAACAGGGAAAAUUGAAUUCCCUACACUUUUAGAUUUGGCAAUAGAGUAAGUGGCCCUAAAUUUUGAUCUCUAUUCAUAGUUGCCUGGUAUUCCAGAAAAAAUAAGAUAUCAAGUAUUCCAUCUUAAUAAUCAAUAGAUUAUAUCAAAAGCACCAAAAACUUUGCCUGUAACAAUCACUUACAAUAGCAUAGAAGACGAAAAUUAUUGGAAAUAAGCAUGUGAAACAAAGUGGAAAGGCACUCACAGAACAAUUAAUAUCUGCAAACAUAGUUACAGUUAUAAAAUUGCAUAUAUGGAAAAUUUCCUCGAAGAAUACCUAAAAUCGAUAAAAGUAAGACUUGAAUUCAAAAAUAGAGUUUAGAUUCUUAAGAAGAAAAAGAUGAAUUAUAAGCAAUAUUAAAAGCAGUUAAUAAUUGGGUUUAUUCCCUUAAUAUUUCAUAAACUUAAUGCAAUAUUGAUAUCGGGUUUUUAUGCCAAUACUUGCCAUGCCUAUAGAAUUUGACAGUUAUAUAUGGAGUUAAAGUAUUAUUAUAUAAUAAUCAAUUUAGACCACUGGAAUAGAUCAAACUAGAAAAGAGAUCUUAGGCAUGAAAUUAAGUUAAGCAGCUGAAUUAGGAGAAGCAAUCUCUAAGCAUUGUCGAAACCUUGUAUACAUUUUCAAUUCUAUUAGUAAUCUUUAUCUUUACCCUCUAAUUUAAUUGAUGAUGACCUUCUGAGAUUGUUGAUGACAGGAAUAAAUCUAGAUAUCUCUAUCAUAGAGUUGAAUUUAUCUCAUAAUAAAAUAGGAGACUAAGGGUAUAUUGAUUUUAUAUCUUCAAGAGUAAUAAGAAUUGCAAAGUAUUUGAUGAGAUCAGAAAUCCUGCUCAAAUUGGAUUUAUCCAACAAUGCUAUUGGAUUAGUUGGAUCUAAAAAUUUAGCAUAUGCUCUUUUAUUCAAUAAGUCCCUUGAACAUUUGAAUCUAUCGUUAAAUUCUUUUAAUGAUAUUGCUGGAGCCAACUUCUUUAGCAAACUUAGUUAAAAUAAAAGCAUCCAGCAUUUGAAUUUAUCUGCAAAUUAAAUGGGAAGCUUAACUGCUGAGAUGAUUGAAGUCUAUUUAUCAGAUUCUUCAUGCACGCUUUAAUCUUUGAAUAUAAGCAAUAAUAAUUUUAGUGAAAAUAAUGAUAAUAAAGACAAAAAUAUCUUUGAAAAACUCAAGACUGGUUUAACAAAAAACACAAGUUUGAUUCAUUUUGAUAUUUCUCAUUCUAAAUUUAAAAGAAGUAUAUGAUUUGUUUUAAUUAAGUUAAUGCGGAAAAGGAAUUGUAAGAUAUAAUUGUUCAAAGCAGAUUAAAAUAGAAAAAAAUCCCAUUUAUUUCAAAGGAAGAGUUCGAAUAACAAUAAGCUUAGAAUAGAUUAAGUAAUGAAAUUUUAUAUCAUAGAAAAGGAAAAACUAGAAAAAGCAAAAACAAAAUAAGUAGAAGAAGUAAUCUCACCAUAAUGAAAUAAAUGCAUAAAUAUACA